AUGGCGAAGCGCAGGACCUCACACAAAAAACACAACAAUGAAGCACGACAAUCGUUGGUCGGUGUAGAAGCUGCAGUCGUCUGGGCCGGAGCUCUGGCCGUCGCCGGUUUGAUGACUGCUUUUUCCUUGAACAAAAGAAGACGAAGAAGAGAUCGGAAUAAAGGAAGCGAAAGUAACAGCCAAGUUCAAGGGCUGCCAUUAAUUCUCCAGAGUAAUCCAACUGAGAAUCACAGUUUCGCAGGCCAUCGAAUAGCAAAGACGGAAAUAAUCCAGACCGAAUCCUGUGAAUCUGUCUCUACUCAGAGUUUGAUCUUGGAAGAGAAAGCAGAGCUGUGGAUCGUUAACGGCGAAGACGAGAAUAAUCCAGAGGUCAUGCUCUAUAACGAUCGGAAUGAAGAAUUCGCGGAGUCCUGUCAUCAACAAAUCCUUCUUUCCGAUGAUUCGGCAGAACAAAGCGUCACAUCUCCCGACGAUUGCAGCAACCUUGAAGAACUGAAAUUGAUUAUGAAUGACUCUGGAGAGGUUUUACAGUUACUGAAAACCAAUGGAGCGAAGAACGAUGAAGAAGAAGAUGAUGAUGAUAUUGAUAAUGACGAAAAUAUAAAAGAGAGAGAGCAGGAGAGGUGUGAAGUGAGUGGGAGUGGGAGUGGGAGUUCGAGUUCUUCCAUGGAAUGUAACGACGAAGCGGUUUGGGCAGAAGAGACAACUGAAAUCUCAUCCCCUGGAUCCAAAUAUGAAUCGACCAUUAGAGACCAUGUGGUGGAAGAGACUGAUGAAGAAACAAGAGUAAAUGAAACCAGAGUAGAAAAUUCAGUGGUGAUUUUGAAUGAGAUAGAAAUAAAUGGGAAGAUUGUGAAGGUGAUGAUGAAUGAUGAGAUGAAUGGUUUCAGUCAAUCAUGCCAUUUCUGCUGCUACUGUUAG